AUGUGUGGGCAGACAGCACGACAGCAGCAGCGCACAGAUGUAAUGUCUGGUGAGACGGUGGAGGAUCCUAGUCAGGAACAAACCCACAGUACUGGGGACCUCUUAGCGGCUGACAUGCUGGAUACAAACACAUUGCGAUCGGGAACGGAUGCUCAAGAAGUCUUCGAUGAUGAAGACCCACUACUGGCGUUACUGAGAACACAGAGUGACCCAGAGGCAAACACCGACUUACCACACUCCACAACAGCUCACAAGGGUGAUGAAUCUCCGAGGAAGCCAAGAAUAUCCUGGCCGAAAACGUCAGACAAGAAAGCAUGGAAAGACCUGGAUGAUGACCUUCAUGCAAUACUGGAGACAGCACUCCAAGGAGCAGUUGAGAGAAAGCUGGUUGCUUUAACCAACCUUGUCUACACAGUUGGGAAAGAAAGAUUCGGUCUGACUAUCCAGAAAACCACCAAGAAACCUGUACAGAUGAAUAGAAGGCAGCGACAGAUAAAGGGCAUCAGGAGUGAACUGAAGGUUUUGCGAAGGAGAUAUAGGCAUGCCAGGGAAGAAAAAAAGCCAGGGCUGAAGCAGUUAAGAGACAGCCAGAGGGAACAACUUUUAAACCUAUGCAAGGCAGAACAACUUCGUGAGAAAAGAAGGAAAAAGGCCAAACGCCGUGCUGAGUUCAUUGCAAAUCCAUUCAAGUUCUCUAAAAACCUGCUAGACAAAGAGAAAUCGGGCAAGCUAGAGAGCAGCAUGGAAGAAAUUACACAGUUCCUAACUGAAACGCACUCUGAUGAUAUCCGAGACGUACCGUUAGGCAACUGCCAGAGAAUGGAACCAGUACCAGAACCCACAACACCUCUUGACACCAAGGAACCUACACUGAAAGAGGUUUCAGAAGUAGUUCAAAAGGCAAGAGCAGGGUCGGCCCCAGGACCAAAUGGUAUCCCUUACAAGGUGUAUAAGAUGUGCCCUAAACUUCUUCGACGCUUAUGGAAUCUUCUGAAAGUGGUUUGGAGGAAAGGUAAAGUUCCAGAUUGUUGGCAACAGGCAGAAGGAAUAUUUACACCAAAGGUAAAGGAUUCGAAGACCGUCACCCAAUUCAGAACCAUUUCCUUACUGAACGUUGAGGGGAAAAUCUUCUUUGCUGUGCUGGCCAAGAGAAUGACGCAGUAUCUGACAUCAAACCAAUACAUUGAUACCUCAGUGCAAAAGGGAGGCGUCCCAGGGUUCUCUGGAUGUGUGGAACAUACAAGCGCCCUCAGUCAGAUCAUCAGGGAAGCAAAGGUUAACCAAAAAGACCUCACUGUUGUCUGGCUUGACCUUGCCAAUGCGUAUGGCUCCAUACCACACAAGCUAAUUGAGAUCGCACUGAAGCACUACCACAUCCCAGACCAUGUGCAACAGAUUAUCAAUGGGUACUUCAGUAACAUACAACUAAGGUUUGCUGUAGGAGAACAGUCAACACCUUGGAUAAGGCUCGAGAAAGGAAUAGUAACAGGCUGCACUAUUUCAGUCGUGUUAUUCGUGAUGGGAAUGAACUUAAUUAUCAACGCCGCAAAGAGGGAAACCAGAGGACCAAAGACAACCUCCGGGAUAUACCUCCCAUCCAAUAGAGGUUUUAUGGAUGACCUCACGGUAACUACAACGACACACGUGCAGGCUCGUUGGGUUCUUAGAGCAUUGGAUGAGACAGUGACUUGGGCAAGAAUGAAGUUCAAACCAAAGAAAUCGAGGAGCUUGGUAAUCAAGAAGGGAAAGGUUACUCAAAGGUUCACCCUCCAGGUACAGAGCGAAGACAUACCAUCCAUAGUAGACAAUCCUAUCAAAUGCCUAGGAAAAUGGUACGAUGCCAGCCUUAAUGAGACAAGCAGCACAAACCGCACCAAGAACCAACUCCAAGAAGGUCUGAAACAGAUAGACCAGACAUCACUUCCUGGGAAAUUCAAGUCAUGGUUAUACCAACAUGGAUUGUUACCAAGACUCAUGUGGCCUCUAAUGCUGUACGAGAUAGCAGUUUCUACUGUGGAAGGCUUUGAAAGAACCAUCAACAGAUACCUCCGUAGAUGGCUAGGGGUCCCACCAAGUUUCACCAGCAUCGGACUAUAUGGGAGGACCAACCAGCUCCAACUCCCAAUAUCAUCAGUUGUUGAGGUGUACAAAGUUGCCAAGGCCAGGAUGGUGGUGACACUGAAAGAAUCUUCUGAUGACCUGAUCAGGAUGGCAGGCAUAGAGACUAGAACCGGAAGGAAGUGGUCGGCAAGCCAGGCGGUGUCCCAAGCUGAAAGUAUACUGAGACACAAAGACAUCGUCGGAACUACUACGGAGGGCAGACAAGGGCUUGGCAUGAUAAAACCACAGCGAUGGAGUACGGCAGAUAAAAGGGAGAGGAGUCAGAUGGUGCAGAAGGAAAUCAGGGCGAGCGAAGAGGAGAGCAGAAGAGCCCGUUCAGUUGAAAUGGGUGGACAAUGUGCCUGGAACAAAUGGACAACAACAGAGAGGAAGUUUACGUGGGCAGACAUAUGGCAGUAUGAGCCGCUAAGACUCAAAUUCCUGUUAAGGUCAGUUUACGACCUGCUGCCAUCCCCAACCAAUCUCCACAGAUGGGGUCUAGUGGAAGACCCAAGUUGCAGUCUUUGUAACAAGCCAGGCACCAUGGAACACAUCCUGUCAUCAUGUCAGACUUCGCUGACACAGGGCCGCUACAGAUGGAGACAUGAUGCUGUCCUUAGGGAGCUAGCAGAUGUACUUGAGCGCGAGAGAAGGAAGAAAAGAACAGCAAAGAAAACAGCAUCUACAAAGAUCAACUUUGUCAAGGCAGGGGAAACAACCACAAAGCAAGCUCCUAGAAACACGUCGAUCUUAGAUGAAUCAGACCAAUGGGAGAUGAAAGUCGACUUAGGGAAGAAGUUGGUCUUUCCCGAGAUUGUCCAAACUACACUGAGGCCUGACAUAGUGAUAUGGUCCACCAAACACAAGAAGCUGGUGACCAUUGAACUCACCGUCCCAUGGGAAUCAAGGUGCGACAUGGCAUAUGAGCGGAAGAAAGCCAAAUACACUGAUCUCUUAGACCAGUGCAGUUCCCGCGGUUGGAAAACAUGGCUGUUCCCGAUCGAAAUUGGCGCCAGAGGCUUUCCCGCACAAUCACUGUGGAGGAUGCUAAGUGCCCUAGGAAUCAGGGGAGGAGAGAGAAAGAGGGCUGUUGGGAGACAAGGUCAAGCAGCAGAGAGAGCGUCCAGUUGGCUAUGGAUUAAGAGGGAGGAGAAGAGCUGGCAGCUAACCACUGACCCGUAG